AUGCCGAUAGGAAAUACGACACAUGCAACUAGGGUUGACCUCCUCACAAGCGCCACGCCAGCAGAUCCUUUCUCCCCGAUAUCGGCCGCUAUAGCUUAUCAGUUUACUCGGCCUUUAUCUAAGACGACAAUAGCCCUCUUGGCCACUUUCCUCGUCUUCCAUGCUUUAAUUGCGCUGUUCAGUCUGGUCAUCUUGCUCUUGCCCUACGUUGGUCAGAAGAAGCGGUCUCAUUGGAUCUUCAGGACGGCUUUCAUCCCUAACCGGCCGGGAGAACCAGUCUGCAAGACUCCUCUUUACCUGAUCAAUACCGGUUUCUUCAUGUGUAUCGUGCAACUGUUGGGUUCUCUCAGCACUAUCUCGUUCAUAUGCCUUCAAAUCAAUCCAAGUCGUUCGUUGGAUUAUGCCUUACACGCUCAGCCCCUGAUUGCCUUAGGUCUGAUGUACCUCUUUGAACAUCUCGCGUAUUGGAUAAUGGCACACUGCUUUUUGGCACUCUCCUACAGCGCCUGUGAAACUUCUGGGUGGACCUCCAAAGGGCUGAUCAACUGGGCUCCACCGCCAGUCUUGGUGAACGUGAUAUUUUCUUGCCUUCCAAUUUGCUUUAUUGUUGCGAUCGCUGCUGCAAUUGCACGCGGAGCUGUAGGUUAUGGUAUCAUUCUAGAACAGACAAGAAAGACACUCGACUUUCUCAGCCAAGGCACAUCAGUUUGGAAUCAGCUACAAGAUUCAUCUCGCUCUGCGGACCAAAAAGCCCUGCUUAUGUCCCACCUCGCGCGAAUCCAGGGGGAGCUAAAAAGUUCAACCGAAGAAUCUGUGACCAAUCUGAAUAGUACGAUGCGUUAUCACCACAAGACUCAAAUUUUGUACUUGGUUUGCAUCUGCGUGACUUGUCUGGUUUUCAUAUUGUCCUUUUGGAAAUUGACUCAAAAGUUGGUACUACAGGGCCAGAAUUCAGUCUUCCAUCCAAACGGUUCUGCCCAACUAGACAGUUUGCACGAAUACCCCACCUCCCAAAAAGAAGCGAAAGCGCCAUUUGGUACCACUGGUCGAAUCUACUUGGGUGCUUUGCGCACGGAUCGCCAACUUUUUGGUUUCACAGUCAGGGCCUAUGCUACAAUUUUUUCAAUGAUCACCAUGAUGGUCUUCCAUCUAAUGAACAUCUUCAGAACGGCUGACGCGAUCAUCAACCCUACUUGGCACGGAGUGGUCACGUGGAUGCCCACUAUCAGCGGGUCCUGGUCUGCUAUUCCAGUUGCAUGGCAAUGCUGGAGAUUAUACUGCGAGUAG